UCUGAUCACUACUUCAAGGGCCUGAUCCAAACGAUAGUCUGCCCAUGCCAUCCAUGAGGUUGUAUUUCAUGUUCAUUGGAUGCUAUUGGUACCUUCAGUCCCAGUUCAAUCCAAACCUGUAGUCAUUACUAUCCAGGCAAUCGCGACCUACCCUCCUUCCUCGAGAAGCUGAUCAUCUCAUACUUCUCGCAGUUAGACUAAAUCUACUAUCUUCAUCUCCACCACAACUCAAAACACUAGUCACUCAAAAAAUUAUCAACGCAUCCAAAGGUCUAGAAUAUUGAGGACCGGCGGUAAUUGUGCCAUCGUUAUGUCGGAACCGAAGUACAACAAUCGCUACGAUUCAUCCCAAGGAUACUAUGAACAGCAGCCCAGCGGCUAUGACCCUCGAACUCACGCAGGAUAUCAAUCUCCAGGACAAUGCCAGCAUGAUCAGCAGCCUCAACCAGGGUACCAUUCAGGGUAUCAGCCGCCCGCUUAUAACUACGAUCAGCAACCCAAUCCCUCUUAUCAUAAUCUGUCCCCGUACAUCCAUCAAGGACAGAUGCCUCUGAACGCCAAUGGAGGUCAAGUGUCUGGAUAUUCUGAACCAAAUGCACCUUACAUGAACUAUCGAAGCAAUAAUAACCCACCUUAUUUUUCGCAACCGCAAACUGUUCAAGGCGAGAGCGCAUCGUACUAUGCUUCCCAGGCAGCUCCGCCGAAUCCAUCGGGGCCAGCUCCAGCUCCAGCAAAUGAGAAAGGGUUUGGAGCUACGGUCACCGGUGCUGCAGCGGGUGGAUUCCUGGGCCGCAAGUUUGGGGGUGGGCUACUGGGUACGGCCGGAGGUGCAUUGGCAGGAGCUGCUGGGAUGAAUUUCGCGAGUAAGCUGCGCAAGAAGAUCAAGGCGAAACAUCGUCGCAAGCACGGCAGUAAAGGGCAGCAGAGCAGCUCAGAAUCGAGUUCGUCGAGCUCUAGCUCGAGUUCGAGCUCAAGUUCCAGCUCUUCGAGCGAGAGUGAUUAACGUGGGCCCAAUGGAUAAGAAAGGUUCGCGUUACGAGAAACGAUCAAAGCCGGGGUUCCGGGCGGGUUUCUUGGGCUUGGUCAUGGAAGUGGCUUUCUAUCGAUAGUGGUAUUCUUUCUCAUGAUGCAAUCAAUGAGCAUUGACUCAUAGUAGUCUGCUCGACAAUGCUAUUCUUAAG